AUGCCAUUUGCUUCAUGGUAUGUACGAUAUAAAGAUUCAAAGCGAUUUGUACCACAAGCUAUUACUGCUGAGCGUUUUGGCUACAGUAAACCACCAGCUCAUUGGCAUCAUCAAGACGAUGAUGUAAGCAUCAGAAACCAUCAAUUUACACUGUGGAUCCAUGGUGCUUCAGUGGGAGAGUGUUUGUCAGCUUUACCGCUCGUAGAAUUGGCUUUAAACCAUAAAUUCGACCACCUCUUGACUCCGUCCAGUUGUGGAAUGAAGAAAAACUAUGUGCGGGUGCUAAUAUCGACAAGUACAACUGCAGCACGAGAGGUAAUUACUGAUCGGUUAAAGAAGAAUCAAGACGCCACAUGCGUCUUGGCUCCUCUCGACCACUUGGAGUGUGUUCGGAGGUUUUACGAUGCCUGGAAACCAGAUGUGGGAAUCUGGAUCGAGUCAGAAAUUUGGCCAACCCUCAUAACCGAAGCAGCGCAAAGAGGUAUCCGCGUUGGCCUGCUGAAUGGUCGAAUGUCAGCUCAGUCGUUCCGUUUGUGGCAAUUACCGGGACUGCAUGAGUUUUCAAAGAGUAUUGUGGGCAGAUUCUCAUUGGUACUUUGCCAAGACGAGCAGAAUGUAAAACGUUUUGAGCACGUUGGAGUACGAAAAGCCUACGCAGUGCCAAAUCUCAAGUUUGCGUCUUCACGUUUGACAGGCAACGAAAUUGCGCUUACUGCUUUACGACAAUCAGUCGGGUCGCGACCAGUGUGGGUUGUAACGAGCACUCACGAAGACGAGGAGGUAAUGAUGGUGAGAGUGCACAGAGAACUCUCCAAGCGGUUAUACACCGAUCAGCGCCUACUCACCAUAAUCAUUCCGCGGCAUCCAAGUCGGACAUCUUCUAUCGUGGAGCAACUUCGCAACCAGUUUUCUGAGCUUGCAGUCGGGUUACGCUCCAGUGAUAGCUUGCCAACGAACACGGUGGAUGUUUUCAUUGUAGACACGAUUGGUGAGACCAACUUAUUUUUCAACAUAGUUUCUACUGCAGUGGUUGGAGGUUCCUUCGUGAAGCGUGGUGGUCACAAUCCAAUUGAACCGUUGCAAGCAGGUUGUUAUGUGCUUAUGGGCCCUCACAUGGAAAAUUUUGCCGACAUUCUCCAACAACUGCAGCGUCUGCCGGCAGUAUCAAGUUCGCUUCGAUCAGUGUGCAAUCCACAAGAGCUUGUUGCAGUUUUGGACACUCGUUUUAAUGUUGCUCAAAGGAGUGAUGGGGAUGCCACGUCAGGCACUUCCUCUGACACCGACCUGCAAAGUGAGCUAUUACGAGCGAUGGCAGAUAUUGCAGUUUCAACACUCUCGCUGCACGAAGCGCGGCUAAUCAAUUGGCUAGGAAAAUAG